AUGCAGCGAAACGCCAGCGUGGUUGCCGACGGUGGCGAUCCGUCACGAGCACGACGCAGCUGGUUUGCCUCCGGCGGCGAACAAACGUCAAUCCACCCUCUCCGCGCCGUUGCCGCUCCGCCUGCCCCAUGCGAGAACCGGCGAGCGUUUCCCACCAUUUCGCCUCCCGCUAGCCUCCUCAAUCCCUCCUCUGUUCCCGGCGCUGGCCCCACCCGCAGCACGAAUUGCUCCCAGACCGCCGUGAGUGAACGAGGAGGGAGCGACGCCGCCGACCACCACCACCACCGCCUUCGCUUCCACGACACCUCCACGGCCGUCGUCCUGGAGCUCUCCGACUACGGCGAGAUACAAGCGAGCAAGGACGCCCAAGAGCGCGACAGGAAACGACGGGAGAAGCGGGAGAGCAAGCGCCGCUGGCUCGAGGCCCAGGACGAGAUGAAGUUUUCCCACAGCAUCCAGUUCAACGCCGUUCCGGACUGGAGCAGCCACUACAUCGCCUACAGCAACCUCAAGAAGCUCAUCUACCAGCUCGAGAAGACAGCACACGACAGCCGAGCGGGCGACACCGAAUCGAGACCCCUCGUCGCCGCCGACGACGCCGAAAAGGUCUUCUCCAGGGCCCUCGGCGUCGAGCUCGACAAGAUAUGCUCCUUCUACGUCACAAAGGAGGGCGAGCUCCUCGACGAGGUCCAGCAGCUGCUCCACGACGUCGGCGACUGCCACGCCGCCGAUCCGCCGCCUGCCCUGCACCGCGUCUCGUCCGAAGGCCAACGCGGCCAUCCUCGGAGCCAUGGACGGCCUGCGAGCUCCACCGUCGCCGCCUCCGACGACGACGAGGAUGACGUCGAGGACAGUGCCAGCGACGACGAGACCACCGGCCUCAACAAGCCAAAGGGUGCCAACGCCGCCCGCAGGAGGGCGGCGGCCCACCUUCUGGAGCCGCCGGGCCUCGCGCCGGAGCAUGGCCGGGCCUCGCGCCGCCACAGCAUCACCUUUGACGACUUUGGCGAAAACUCCCUCUUCGCCGACAAUCUCUAUUCCUCGGUCAUCAUGCUCAAGAAGCGCAUCAUCAGCCUUUACGUCCAGCUCUGCGAGCUCAAGUCGUACGCCCAGCUGAACCGCACCGGCUUCACAAAGGUGCUCAAGAAGUUUGACAAGAUCCUCGACAAGGAGCUCAAGGCGGCCUACAUUCGCGCCCACGUCGACCCGGCGUACCCCUUCAAGGACGAGACCAAAAAGGUCAUCGAGGAGAGCAUCGCCAAGAUGGAGGCCGCCUACGCCGCCGUCGUCACCGCCGGCGACGCCGACCUGGCCAAGCGGGACCUGCGAUCCCACCUGCGCGAGCACGUCGUCUGGGAGCGCAACACCGUCUGGAGGGACCUCAUCGGCAUCGAGCGUCGGGGCGAGGCCGCUCGCCUCGGCCAGUCCCUGCUCGGCCAGGACCCGAACGCGGCCCCCAAGCGGCUGCAGGGCGACGACGACAAGGCCGUCGCCGCGAGCCAGAUCCGCACGCCCCUGGGCCGCCUCUCGCUGCCCGCCUGGCUCAUGAACGGCUCCAUGCUGACGCUCCUCGCCUCCAUCGCCGUCUUCCUCGCCCUCCUCGCCCUCCCCAUCAUGAAAAAGGCCGAGCAGCAGAACUGCCUGGCCAUGCUCGUCUUCGUGAGCCUGCUCUGGGCGACCGAGACCAUACCUCUGUUCGUCACGUCGCUGCUCAUCCCCUUCCUCUCCGUCAUCCUGCGCGUCGUCUGCGACGAGGCCGAGGGCAAGCACCACAAGAGGCUCAGCGCGAAGCGCGCGACCGAGGCCAUCUUCGCCGCCAUGUGGACGCCCGUCAUCAUGCUGCUCCUCGGCGGCUUCACCCUGGCCGCCGCCCUGUCCAAGUGCACCAUCGACAAGCGGCUCGCGACGCUCAUCCUGAGCAAGGCCGGCACCCAGCCCAAGACGGUGCUCAUCGCCAACAUGUUCGUCGCCGCCUUCGCCUCGAUGCUCAUCAGCAACGUCGCCGCCCCCGUCCUCUGCUACUCCAUCAUCGAGCCCAUGCUGCGGACGCUGCCGUCCGACUCGGACAUGUCCAAGGCCGUCAUCAUCGGCAUCGCCCUCGCCUCCAACGUCGGAGGCAUGCUGUCGCCCAUCGCGUCGCCCCAGAACGUCGUGGCCAUGGGCAUCAUGGACCCCGCGCCCACCUGGCUGCAGUGGUUCUUCAUCGUCAUCCCCGUCGGCGCCACCUCGCUCGUCCUCAUCUGGCUCCUCCUGCUCGUGAGCUUCCGGCCCGGCCGCGGCACCAGCAUCUCGCCCAUCCGGCCGUUGAAGGAGCGCUUCACCGGCGUCCAGUGGUUCGUCACCGUCGUCACCAUCACCACCAUCGCCCUGUGGUGCGGGAGCCACAAGCUCGAGGGCGUCUUCGGCGACAUGGGCGUCAUCGCCGUCAUGCCCAUCGUCCUCUUCUUCGGCAUCGGCAUCCUCACCAAGGAGGACUUCAACAACUUCCCCUGGACCAUCAUCAUCCUCGCCGCCGGCGGCCUGUCCCUCGGCAAGGCCGUCCGCUCCUCGGGGCUCCUGCACACCGUCGCCGGGCUCGUGUCCGAGGGCGUCGAGGGCAUGAGCCUCUACGGCAUCCUCGUCGUCUUCUCCACCCUCAUCCUCGUCAUCGCCACCUUCAUCAGCCACACGGUCGCCGCCCUCAUCUUCCUGCCGCUCGUCUACGACGUCGGCGUCGCCAUGGACCAGCCGCGUCCGAACCUCCUCGUCAUGGGGGGCGUGCUGAUGUGCAGCGCCGCCAUGGGGCUGCCCACGAGCGGAUUCCCCAACAUGACCGCCAUCAUGAAGGAGGAUGCCGCCGGCCGGAGAUAUCUUCGCGUGAAUCACUUCAUCAGCCGAGGCGUGCCGAGCAGCUUGAUAACCCUCGUCGUCACCAUCACGCUGGGGUAUGGCAUCAUGCAACUGGCAGGCUUGGACUGA